GAGGGGGGGGGCUCCGCCAUCUUGGAUUCCGCGGUAGCGGUGGUGGCGGUAAGGUGUCGGAUCUGUGGAGUAGCUCUUUCCUCCCCUCCCCCAGCUCGGUGGCGGCUGCCCCUCCCACUGAGGGUGGCGCAGCGACGGUGCCACCUCGACCAUGGCGGCGACUACAGCUAACCCAGAAAUGACAUCAGAUGUACCAUCGCUGGGUCCCACCAUUGCUUCUGGAAACCCUGGACCUGGGAUUCAAGGUGGAGGAGCUGUUGUACAGAGAGCUAUUAAGCGACGGCCAGGGCUGGAUUUUGAUGAUGAAGAAGUGAACAGUAAAUUUUUGAGGUGCGAUGAUGAACAGAUGUGCAGUGACAAGGAGCGCUUUGCCAGGUCGGAUGAUGAGCAGAGUUCUGCGGAUAAAGAGAGACUUGCCAGGGAAAAUCAUAGUGAAAUAGAACGGCGGCGACGGAACAAGAUGACAGCUUACAUCACAGAACUGUCAGACAUGGUACCUACCUGUAGUGCCCUGGCUCGAAAACCAGACAAGCUAACCAUCCUACGCAUGGCCGUCUCUCACAUGAAGUCCUUGAGGGGAACUGGCAACACAUCUACUGAUGGCUCCUACAAGCCAUCUUUCCUCACUGAUCAGGAACUGAAACAUUUGAUCCUGGAGGCAGCAGAUGGCUUUCUGUUCAUUGUCUCCUGUGAGACUGGCCGGGUAGUGUAUGUGUCUGACUCGGUGACUCCGGUUUUGAACCAGCCGCAGUCUGAAUGGUUUGGGAGCACGUUGUAUGAGCAAGUGCACCCAGAUGACGUGGAGAAACUUCGAGAGCAGCUCUCUACUUCAGAAAACGCCCUAACAGGGCGGAUCCUGGAUCUAAAGACUGGGACGGUGAAAAAGGAAGGACAGCAGUCUUCCAUGAGGAUGUGCAUGGGCUCCAGGAGGUCGUUCAUCUGCCGGAUGAGGUGUGGCACUAGCUCUGUGGACCCUGUUGCCAUGAAUAGACUGAGCUUUUUGAGGAACAGAUGCAGGAAUGGACUUGGCUGUGUGAAGGAAGGAGAGCCCCACUUUGUGGUAGUCCACUGCACAGGCUACAUCAAGGCCUGGCCGCCAGCAGGUGUCUCCCUCCCAGACGAUGAUCCAGAGGCCGGCCAGGGGAGCAAGUUCUGCCUGGUGGCCAUUGGCAGGCUGCAGGUAACAAGUUCUCCCAACUGUACAGACAUGAGUAACGUUGGUCAGCCAACAGAGUUCAUCUCCCGACACAACAUUGAAGGGAUAUUCACUUUUGUAGAUCAUCGUUGUGUGGCUACUGUUGGCUACCAGCCACAGGAGCUCUUAGGAAAGAAUAUUGUAGAAUUUUGUCAUCCUGAAGACCAACAACUUCUAAGAGACAGCUUUCAGCAGGUGGUGAAAUUGAAAGGCCAGGUGCUGUCUGUCAUGUUCCGAUUCCGAUCCAAGAACCGAGAAUGGCUGUGGAUGAGAACGAGUUCCUUUACUUUCCAGAACCCCUAUUCAGAUGAAAUUGAGUACAUCAUCUGCACCAACACCAGUGUGAAAAACUCUAGCCAGGAACCACGGCCUACACUGUCCAACACCAUCCAGAGGUCACAGCUAGGUCCAACAGCCAGUUUAUCCCUAGAGAUGGGUACAGGGCAGCUGACAUCCAGGCAGCAGCAGCAGCAGCAGCAGCAGCAGCAGCAACAAACAGAAUUGGAUAUGGUGUCAGGAAGAGAUGGGCUGGCCAGCUACAAUCAUUCCCAGGUUUCUGUCCAGCCUGUGGCAGCUGCAGGAUCAGAACAUAGCAAGCCCCUUGAGAAGUCAGAAGGUCUCUUUGUGCAGGACAGAGAUCCAAGGUUUCCAGAAAUCUAUUCCAGCAUCAAUGCAGAUCAGAGUAAAGGCAUCUCCUCCAGCACUGUCCCUGCCGCCCAACAGCUAUUCUCCCAGGGCAGCUCAUUCCCUCCUAACCCCCGGCCGGCAGAGAAUUUCAGGAAUAGUGGCCUUACCCCUCCUGUAACCAUUGUCCAGCCAUCAUCUUCUGCAGGGCAGAUGUUGGCCCAGAUUUCUCGUCACUCCAACCCUUCCCAGGGGUCGGCUCCAACCUGGACCUCCAGCCCCCGCCCAGGCUUCUCUGCCCAGCAGGUGCCCACCCAGGCCACAGCCAAGACUCGUUCUUCUCAGUUUGGUGUGAACAGCUUUCAGACCUCCUCCUCCUUCAGUGCCCUGUCCCUGCCGGGUGCUCCCACCGCCUCGCCCAGUGCUGCUGCCUACCCUUCUCUCCCCAGCCGGGGGUCCAACUUCGCUCCUGAGACUGGACAGGCAACAGGACAGUUCCAGACCCGGACAGCAGAGGGUGUCGGCGUCUGGCCGCAGUGGCAGGGCCAGCAGCCCCAUCACCGCUCUAGUUCCAGCGAGCAGCAUGUUCAGCAGACGUCAGCACAAGCACCCAGCCAACCCGAGGUCUUUCAAGAAAUGCUGUCCAUGCUGGGAGACCAGAGCAACACCUACAACAGUGAAGAGUUCCCUGAUCUAACUAUGUUUCCCCCCUUUUCUGAAUAGAACUGUCGGGGUGAGGAAAAGGGUGGGGGGAAAUCACUGUUUGUUUUUAAAAGCAAAUCUUUGUAAACAGAAUAAAAGUUCCUCUCCCUUCCCUUCCCUCACCCCUGAUAUGUACCCUUUACCCCUUGACUCUCUGAAAUAACGUUAUAGAAGAAAUUAAAUGAAUGUCCCAGGCUUUUAGGAUCCUCUGAAAUUUUGAGGAUAGGUGAGGUUAGAAUUCCUGUCCUUAUAUUUUCUGACCAGAAGUUGCACAGAAAUUAUUUGUGCUGGAGUCAAGGGGCAGAAGAAGAAUCUGGCAGCCACUGAUUGGAUACUGUGGCUUGUUUGGAUAGAAAUUGUGAGUGGAGGAGAGGAGAAAUGUCCUCAUAACUGAGGCUCACGAAAUACGGUGUGGUGUGUGUGGAGCCUUAGGAAGUGAGCAGUCUCCUGAAAGAGAAUGAAUAUGUGUGUGUGUGUGUGUGUGUGUGUGUGUGUGUGUGUGUGUGUGAGAGAGAGAGAGAGAGAGUGUGAGAGAGAGUGUGUGUGUGAGAGAGAGAGACAGAGACAGACAGACAGAGAGAGGGCAUUUGAGCUCUGUUUUGUUUUUUCUCCCUGUUAGAGAGUAUAUGCAAAAUCUGUCCCAGAUCAUCUUUGUCUUCCUGCUUGCUCUUCAAAGUGUCCUAAGAAAAUUAAUUUUUCCAGGUAUUUUUCUAUUUAGUGUUGCAGCCAAAGAGUAUUUAAAUUAAGUCUUUGCUGCACUUAAAUUCAUACCCAGCGAAAAUGGAACUGGAGGCCAACACCCAGCCUUCUGUUAAUAGGGUUGGUCUAAUUCAGACACAUUCAAUGAUCAAACUGGAUUACUCCUGCUCUUUGGUGCUUUCAACUUAUUGGGAAGAUCUGCAGAUAUUACCAAAAUAUGUUGGCUACAUAAAUACUGUCAGAGAUCCCAGACUUGCCCAUAAGGAUAAUGCUGCAUUUUUCUGUCAGAGUCACACGUGUGUUCUGGAGAGGUUAUUUCUGCAUGGAAACUCAACUUCUUGGAUUAGCUGUUUUGAGUGAAAGUCCUUACUUACGAGUAUGUAAACCAGAUAGAAAGCCUCUGCACAGUAGCCUCUCCUUUCACCAAAACAAUUUUAGGUUUUGUUUUAGAGCACCAAUCUAAGUCUGUGUUAGGUCGACUUAAAUCCUACAGGGUCACUUGAUUAUAUAGCCAUAGAGAUGCAGAUGCAGGCUACUGCCUUCACCCUUUACCGUCCUCAGGUGAGUCUCCUAGAUCAACAGCCAUUUCUUUUUUCCUCUUAAACUGGCUCCUGUCAAAGAUUAAAUUAAUAUGGAAAAGAUCUGUUAUGUGUAUUGAUGGGGGAUGAGAAGCCCAGGUAGAAAGGCUCAGAGAGAGGCUGGGGACUGUCACUAAGUCCCCUUCAUCUGUCUCCAGCCUUGUGUCAGGCGAUAGAGUGAAAAAGGAGGCUAUUUUUUUAUUCUAUGUGCACAUAUACAGUAUACAUAUAUAUUUAUAUCACAUUUUACUGAACCAAAAAGUUGAGUUUCCAAUGAAAUACUUGUUUUUUAAUAAUCAACUUGUUUUUAAAUGUGAUCUGAACUCUGAUGUACAGUUAUUACAGGGCUUUUGAGGAAGGGUGGGGGGGGAGGAGCUCCUGAGGGGUUUGUUCUGCUUUUCCUUCAGGGUUUUAUUUUUGAUUGUUUUUUCUUGUUAGCCAUCUGUGCUAAGCCUUAACAGUGGCAAAAAUAAUGAUAUGUAGCAAAGAUUUUAAAACAAAGUAUUUUUUCUUUUAUAAAGUGUGUUGUGUUGUGUGGCAUUGAUUGCGGCUCCCUAACCCAUUACAGACAUACAUACACAACUAAACAUUCAUAGCACACACAGGCACAGAGUGUAGUUGAGUCUUCAUGUCAGGACUCUGAGCUCACAGGGCUGGUCACUUAGCACCCUGGGCUCGUGGACCCACCUGAUGCUGACACAUCGGCAGUGCUCAGUAGACUACUACUCACUGUCUGGGAGACGGGGUAUCUCAUCUCACAGAAGUGUUCUUGGAUUUGAAGCCAUUGUGGGACAUCCUGAUGUCUUUCCCAGUAUGUUAUCCCAGUUAAAAGAAGAUAAAGGGAUUGUGAACUUUGAA